ACACACAGACCGAUUCAUUCACAUCAAUUCUCAUAUCCCAAAACGGCCUCGAUUUCGUGAAAAACCUCCUAGUCAACAAAGCAAUCGCGUCGAUUAUACCUCUCCAGAUCCCCAGGAUCGAGAAAUCAGUGAAAAUUCCGUUCUUAGGAGGAAUAGAUGUCGUCGUCUCGAACCUCACGAUAUACGAGCUUGAUGUUGCCUCCUCUUAUGUCAAGCUUGGUGAGACAGGUGUCGUCAUCGUCGCUUCGGGGACGACUUGCAAUUUGAGUAUGAAUUGGCAUUACUCUUAUGCCACUUGGAUUCCUCCGAUGGAAAUCUCUGACCAAGGCAUAGCAUCUGUUCAGGGAAUUUGAUGAGUGCUGAUUCUCGCCUUCUCGGUAAGGUUGAAGGCAUGGAGAUUGGGCUCUCUCUAGGCUUGCAAAGCAAUGAAGGAGGCUUGAAACUUUCUCUUUCGGAAUGUGGAUGCCAUGUGAAAGACAUAUCUAUUGAGCUCGAAGGAGGAGCUUCAUGGUUUUAUCAAGGGAUGGUUAAUGCAUUUAAAGACCAAAUUGGAGCAAGUGUGGAAAGUACUAUUGCCAAUAAGCUCAGUGAAGGAGUCUCAGACCUUGAUUCGUUUCUACAAAGCCUUCCAAAGGAGAUCCCAGUAGAUGAUAAAGCUGCGCUCAAUGUCACUUUCACCACUGAUCCUAUACUGAGAGAUUCAUCCAUCACUUUCGAAAUCGACGGCUUGUUCACCAAAGCAGAAACGAAUCAAGUCUUAAAGUCCUCCUCCUUAAGAAACUCUGCACCUUCAUCUAUCUGCCCUGGAAAUUCUAAAAUGCUCGGAAUUUCACUGGAUGAAGCUGUCUUCAACUCUGCUGCAGCUUUGUACUACAAUGCAGAGUUUAUGCAAUGGAUAGUGGAUAAAGUACCAGGUCAGGAUCUUCUAAACACUGCUAGGUGGAGGUUCAUCAUUCCACAACUAUACAGGAAGUACCCAAACCAGGAUAUGAAUCUGAACAUCAGUUUAUCAUCGCCUCCGGUUGUAAAGAUCUCAGAGCAGUAUGUGGGAGCUAAUGUGAACGCGGACCUAGUAAUCAACGUUCUAGAAGCAGACCAAGUAAUACCAGUAGCAUGCAUCUCCUUGGAGAUCCGAGGGUCCGGUGCUCUCAGAGUGAUGGGUAAUAACCUUGGAGGCAGCGUCAAAUUAGAAGAUUUCUCCAUGUCUUUGAAAUGGAGUAACAUUGGAAAUCUCCAUCUGCAUCUUCUUCAGCCAAUAGUGUGGACGGUUAUACAAACGGUGUUUGUGCCAUAUGCAAAUGACCAUCUAGAAAAAGGCUUCCCUUUGCCCAUAAUCCACGGAUUCACACUUGAGAAUGCUGAAAUCAUCUGCUCAAGCUCUGAAAUCACAGUUUGCAGCGAUAUCGCCUACUUGGAUUCGUCCCAACAUCCUCGAUCAGGUUUGAGUCUACCAAGAUCUGCACCUUGGAUAAACACUUUGUUGUAGUUUACAAUUGGCGGUUGUAAGUGUCAAUGCUGGUCUGGUAUCUGGACCAGUGACAAAACGAAGCCUUGUAUAUUACUUUUGUAUCUUGAUGUUGAACAAACUGUGUAUGCUACUUCUCUAUAUGAAAUAAAUAUAUUUCUUGUAAUUACUAUGGUUAAGUGUCGGAUAAUUAGUCGAUGAAGAGGUUAGGCCGGUUUGUUGGAUAAAUCUGCUAGAAAUCCAAUCAAUUGGUUUGAUGUCUAAUAAAUUUGUAAAGUUGUGAUAUACUGAGGAGGCUGGAUUAUAAGAUGAACCAAAUUUUAGAUAUGUUUUAACAACGCCUCACUGGAUCCUCCUCCAGUUUUCGUGCCAGUUGCUUUACCAUCCAGACCAACUUUGAACAACGCCUUUAUAUGUGAAGCAAAAACAGCACUAUAUCUAAUUAUAUAAAAAAAGAAGAAGGAUUUGUUAUUUUGUUCAGAAACUCGCGGCGCGAUGGAGAAAGCAACCGCAGGGGAGGAAGAAUUUGCAGAAAUGAUUAGUUAUUACCUGGAGAAUGUAAGUUUCGGAUUGGAGAUUGGGCCCGAGGGUCACUAUGUCCCGGCAUUAAGUGGCCAUGAGUAUAAAGGAACUACUCCUCCGCGCACAAUGGACGAAGAGUAUGACCUCAUGGCUAAACAAGUCACGGAGACUCAGGGAUUCGACAUGGAUUUCAGUCAGUUCCGCUACGAUUUUAAUUACAGACCCGUUGAUUUCGAUGAUAACAGUUUGGUCAUAGACGGAGAAACCAUGAGAGAUUUAUUGAACAGGCUUUCUCGUCAAUCCCUUGAGCAAUACAAUCAGGACAAGGUUGAUAACUCCUUCCACUUUGCAUUUUUAUCUACUAAUGGGUUUUUGCUUUACCAGGAAACAAAAUAUGAAUUAGUGGAGGUUUUCAAAGCCAACUAUCACAUGGCUGGUGCUGGCAUGAUGUUUUUCAUUACCUUUCAAGCUAAACAAGAUUUUUCUUCUUCUGGUGAUGUUCCAAAAACAACAUUUCAAGCUAAAUCUCACUAUUCCUAUUUUUCCCCUAAUAAGUACAUCACCUGCCAUCUUAAAGCACCACCGGAGAAUAAAGUUCAUCCCAUUGAUUCUACUGAGAAAGAAUUUGCCAAGAAACCAAGGUUGACACAGGACAAGGAUGCAAGCACUGAUGCACGAAUAGUUAUAUAACGAUGACUUGCAACACUUCCAUUUACUAUCUGCCUUUUCGUUCCUUGUUUACUAGAGAUCCAUUGGAUUGUUGUUGUUCAUACUUUUUAACAAGAGCUCAAUUUUCACAAACUUUCAAAA